CUGCCGUUGCUGAGCUGCUCAUUCUGUGCGUUGCUGACACCUCAAUUCUGCAAACUUAACACAUCACGCAGAAUAUAAAACCCCUACCAGCUCUGCAAAGCGAAGAUACGUACGACUCUCAACAUGGAGCGUCUGCUAAAUGGACCAGGCUGGAGACGGGAAGAGCAGCGCUAUCAGCCAUCUCCAUCGUCACAGCGCAUCGCAAGGACACCUGCGCUCAGCAGAGCCAGCGGGGGAUCAGCUCCGAAAGCAGGCCACAGCUCGCGUCACCUUUCUCCUGAAAUGCCUCUGAGGAUGACGAACGAGAAAGAAUUACUUCGUGGCCUGAACGACCGAUUCGCAGGCUUUAUCGAGAAGGUACAUCGUCUAGAAAGCCAAAACAGAGCGCUGGAAAGGGAAAUAGAGGACAUCCGACUCAAAGCAAAGUCGUCUACAUCUCUGGCCAAGCAGUACGAGCCGGAGUUGCAGGACCUGAGGAGGCAGGUGAGUGAAAUAGCAAUGCAAAAGCAUCAGAUGGAGCUGGAGCAGAAGCGUGUGGAGGAUGAGUGUAACGCGCUGAUGGAGAAAUGCGAAGAGGAGGCGCGCAGCAGAGCUGAAGCCGAGGAGAGCAUUUCUGCGCUAAAGAAAUACAUCGACAACGCGUAUUUAGCCAAGCAAGAGAUGGACAGAAAGGCGAACGCUCUUGUAGACGAGAUCGAGUUCCUGAAGAGAAACCACGAGGCUGAAGUGAGCGAUAUUUUGACGCAAAUGAAGGAGACCCGGGUUUCUGCAGAAGUGAGCGGCUUCGGGAAAGGUGAGCUCACCGCGGCGCUCAGAGACAUCAGGACACAGCUGGAAAGUCGCGCUGUCUGUCCAGACACAUACUCAGAACAGCGCUUCAGCAGUCAGCUGGCCAAACUCACCAAAGCUGCCGAGACCGACAGAGAGGCUCUGAUUGCCACUAAAGCUGAAAUCAGCCAAUAUAAAAGACAGCUCCAGACCAAGACCGUCGAGCUCGAUUCAGUCAGAGGGAUGAGAGAAGCUCUGGAGAGGCAGCUGUAUGACCUCGAGCAACGUCACAAAGCUGAGAUCCAUCACUACCAGGACACCAUUAGAGAGCUGGAGCAGGAGCUGAAGAACACCAAAUAUGACAUGAGUAGCCAUGUGCAAGAAUAUCACGAUCUACUUAAUGUGAAAAUGGCCUUGGAUGCUGAAAUCUAUUCAUACAGAAAAUUGCUGGAGGGUGAGGAGUCAAGAUACUCCACUCUUUCUGAUGCACAGAUUCCAGUGCCUUAUGUUUACAGGCAGUCACCCAUCUAUACUCUGCCUAGUGUCCCGAGGGUGGGGGGAGUGACUCGGAAAGUAGAGCCGCAGUACAAGUUUGUCGAGGAGAUUAUUACAGAGACAACCAGGGAAGACAUCGAGAUAUCAGACACAGGGUCUGAUGAUGCUGAAGAACAAAAGGAGAGUGAUAAAGUGUGUAGUGAAAAAGAGAAUGAAGGUGUAGCUGCAGAAAGUGAAGCACAGUUAGAGGAAAAGAAUACCCAAGAACCAGAUGUAGAAGAAAAUACAGCCAGCCCUGAUACAGAACAACUGGACGGCAAAGAAAAACCAACAGAAACUGAAGAGCAAUCUCUAAAAAAGUCUACAGAUGUUCCUACAGAUCUCAAGGAAGGUGACAUGGACACUGAACUAGCACAAAACAAUUUAACUGCGUCAGAACAAACUGUAGAGAAAGAUACAGAUAACAAUUACAACAAAGAUGUUGACACAGUCUCCAAACCCAAGGAAACCGCUUUAGACACAAAAACAGAAAAAACACAGGCAGAUGUAAGUGCUGAUGAGGAUGUGGAAAAGGUAGCUCUCAACACUGAAAAAGAGAAACAAGACAUAGCAAAAGAAGUAGACCAAGCCAGUAUUAAGGAUCCAAAGCCAAUAGAGCAAACCUCUACACAGGAAGCUAUUACCAAGCCAGAAAAAAGUGCCACAGAAGAGAUUUCUCCAAAAUCUGAGAAUGAAAAGGCAAAUGAAAAGACACAACAUGUAGCUGAUACUGAAGGUUCCUCUACUGUAAAAACAACUGAACAAGACAGAGAAACUAGUGAAGGGAAAUCUGUGGAGGUGGAUUCAUCCACUGCUGACCCACAGGCAGUAUCUCAAAAAGCUGAGGCAGGACAAGAGACACGUCCUAAAAGCGAAGCAGAUUCAAAGCAGAGUGUAGAAACAGCACACGCUGAUGUACUCGAUACCACAAAAGCAGCAAGUGCACAGGAUAAUGCAGUGGAGGUGCAGAAAGAGCUGGCAGAGAAAGCAAAGACAGAAGCACUGCAAAAAAGUGAAGUUAAAGAAAUCAAAUCUGAGGAGGAGAAAAAACUGGACAGCAAACCAGAGGCUGAAAAAGAAACUGUGAAACCAGAAAAGGGAGACAGUGUCCAGUCUACAGAGGUACAAAAAACACAGGAGGAUAUCUCCAAAACUGCUACUAAAGACACAGAAGUUGAAACGUCUGAAAAAAUGGAAAUUCAAGCAAAGGAUGUGACGGACAGUGCAAAAACAGAGGAAAGCAAUGAAUCACAGAAAACAGAGAAAAAGGUUGAUCAAAUGCAAAUCAAAGAGCAGCCAAAAGUUGAAGGGAUGGAGACAAAAUCUGAGAAGCAGCCUGAGAAAAAUGCACCUUCCGCUAAAGAAGAUACAGGAGACAUAAAAACAGAGCAAAGUCUUAAAACAGAGGAAAAAGCAACAACAAAAUCCUCUGAAAGACAGAAAGAGGACAUUCAGAAAGACAAAGAGACAAAAUCUACUGAUAAGGAAAUAAAAAAUGAACAAAUACCAGAGAAACAAGUUCUGGAGACUUCUACGGAUAUCAAAGAGAUGGAUAUAAUCAAACCUAAGGGGCAAGAGAUAGAGAGUAAAACCUCUAAUGAUGUGCAGCCUGAAGAAAGUGUUCCUAAGAUCUCAACAGAAAAAGAACAAAGUAAAGACCAGACAGAGAAAGACGUGCCUGAAAUCAAGGACACAAAAACUGAGAAAUCAGACAAGAAAAGUGAGGCAAAGCAGGACAGUACCAAGACGGACAUGACAAAAACAAAAGAUCUUGUGCAGGAUCCUACAGAUGUAAAAGAUUCCAAAAAACUUGAGCCUCCAGAGAUAGUUUCAACUGAAAAAGAGCAGGACAACAGCGAGAAAGCAGAUCUGAAGAAAGAGAAAGACAUGCCAGCAGUAACUGAAAAUGGAGUAAAUAUAUGAAUGAAUUUUUCAGACACCUUCACAGGCAGUAUUAAUAUAUUAGUAAUGCAAAGUGUAAAAAUAAAUUGCAGCUUAGAUCAAUCAUGCAAAUGAUACAUAAAUGCUUUAAAACUGCAUGAACAGCUAAAUAACUGCAUGAAACUAAUAAACCGCAGUGUUAACCUACAUGCAAAGUAAGAGCUGAUGUAUGCAUGUAUGCUGAUAUUUAGGUUAAAUCUAGGCUGCUAAAAAUAUACAUUAAAAUAGAAUGUAUAUGUUUAAAUGAACAUAUUUUGCUAUACCACAAUAGCUUGGUAGAUGAAGGUGUAUAUUUAACAGAAUGUUAUAUAUUGUCAGAAUAAAUAUUAUUUCAGCAUAUUGA